GCAACACUGUAUUCGCUGCAAAUGAAUCUUCUCUAUUCGUAUUCUUCGGUUUUAGGUCGGAGAAUUGUGAAAUGCAAAUGGAACCUCAAAUACUAUAUUCCUCCAUCAUUGAAGAUAAGUACCAGAAAUAUAUCAGUAUUUGCGACCAAUGGAGCUUCAAUUUCAGUAGCUGGAGCGGACAGUUCUUUAUCGAGCCCUAUUUCCCCCAUUUCAGGGUCUAUGGAGCAAGUAAUGGUGGAAUAUCUUUUUGGGAGAAAAAAAGCUACUGAAGUUGCUCAGUAUGUGUGGAAGCAUGUUGUUCAGAAGGGGGAUGCAGUUGUUGAUGCCACCUGUGGAAAUGGUUAUGAUACCUUGGCACUGUUGAAAUUGGUUGCUGAUAAGACACAGAGAGGUCGAGUUUUUGGCAUGGAUGUUCAGAAAACUGCUUUAGAAAGCACUUCAUCCUUACUGGACCAGUUUGCUAGUCCAGAUGAGAAAGAACUUGUUGAGCUAUUUGUUAUUUCUCAUAGUCAAAUGGAGGACAUAGUUCCAAAUGACGUGGCUGUAAGGUUAGUUGCUUUCAAUUUGGGUUACCUUCCUGGAAGUGACAAAAAGAUCAUUACCAAGUCCGAAACAACUGUGCUUGCAUUAGAGGCGGCUAAGAGAAUCUUGGCACCUGGCGGACUCAUCAGUAUUGUAACUUAUGUGGGCCAUCCGGGUGGGAGGGAGGAGUUUGAGAAGAUUGAAGAUUUUGCUUCCGGACUACCGAUUGAGGGUUGGAACUGUUGCAAACUACAAACGUUAAAUCGCCCACUAGCUCCCAUGCUGAUAUUUUUGUUCAAAAAAUAGGACAAGAUUUUGUGUUACCGAAACGAAACUUGUUAUCAGGUUUCUGAGGUCACGUGCCGUUUAAGUUGUAAUGAUAUAUCGGGAUACUGACAUUGAUAUUGUUUAUAAAAUCCUAGAUUUGACAUACUCUGUUCAAAUUCUAAAUUGCUAACUUUACUGGGAGGAUGUAUUGAUAGUUGAUGAUUCUUUGUUAUGCUAGUGAACUAGUAGUUUGUUAUUUGAAGAUAGCAAGAAAGAAGCUUUACUUUGUAUAGAA